AUGGAAUUGGAAUCAAAAUUAGCAGGAGGUGAUUGCAAGUGCAUUAAUAAUAUUAAGACAGAAGAAGAAGUUUGUAGAGAUGAUGAUGAAAAGCAAAAACAACAAGACAAUAAUAUUUUUCAUGUGCUGGCUGUGGAUGAUAGUCUUAUUGACAGGAAGCUCUUGCAGAGGCUCCUUUCUGUUUCUUCUUACCAAGUGACCUGUGUGGAGUCUGGAGAUAAAGCCUUGGAAUAUUUGGGUUUGCUGGAAAAUAUUGAAGAGAAUGAAAUUGAAAUAUCCUCUGAUCACACAACACUUCUUUCUUGUGAUGAUGAGCUGCCUCCAUCCAUUAUUAAGUCCUCAUCUCACCAAGAGGUAUCAAAAGUUAAUCUGAUCAUGACGGAUUACAGCAUGCCAGGAAUAAGUGGCUACGAUUUGCUCAAAAAAAUCAAGGAUUCUUCUUGGAAAGAUGUACCAGUGGUGGUUAUGUCGUCCGAGAAUGUACCCUCAAGAAUCAACAUGUGCUUGGAAGGAGGAGCAGAAGAGUUUAUUCUAAAGCCCGUGAAGCUCUCAGAUUUAAGCAAACUACACUCUCACAUCCUUAAAGCCGCCAUUGCCCAAAACCUCGACAGCCACGAAACGACGGCGGAGGAAAACUCGAGCGACGAGAUCAAAAGCGCAAGUGAUGAUGAUGAUGAAAGUGUUAGUGAGGAAGAAGAAGAAGAUAAGGAAAACGAUAAGAACUGCAGCAACGCUAACAAGAGAAAGGCAGCUGUGAAGACGUCUCCGGAUCUUACGGACAGAAGGCCACGUGUCAAAGAACUGUCUGUUUCCGAGAUAAUAAUACUAUGA